CAACAUCAGCUAAAACUCCUCAAAGUGCUUUUAAAGAAGUGUCUGGUUCUGCUCCAGGUCUCUGCUGAUUGGUUGAUUAAAGGACAAGCGAUAAGUCAAAUAAACAUGAAAUGUAAGUCAUGACAGGACAUGACAAAAAAAACAAAACCUAACGUCAAAGGGAGGAGAGUUCAGAGAGUGAUGUUUGGAGGAGGGACACCAUCAUGAUAUGCAGACGUUGGUGGUUAACGUGUGAGGAAGGAACAGAGGCAGUGUGAAAUCAUCAGAGACUCAAACAUGAGAGUGUGUCACAGUUUGAUCCUCGUCUUCCUCGCUCUGAGGGAGGAAAGCACAGCUCUCUUUAAUGAAGAUAUCGGUGUUCGUACAGGAACUCAAGGAGAAAACAUCACAGUUUUAUGUGACUUCAAUUUCUAUGGAAAACGAAAGAUCUUCUGCAGGGAUGACUGUGAAAAAGGGAACACUCUUGUUGAAACAACUGGUGUCAGUAAUCAGAGAGGGAGAUACAGCAUUGAAUAUUAUGAAGGAUUUCCUCCAUCAACUUCUACUUAUCUCUAUGUGAGCAUCACAAAUCUGACAAAGUCUGACUCUGGACGAUACAGCUGUAAGGUAGACAGAGAUUUUUCACCAGAUUCAGGUGUGAUGUUUGAGCUCAGAGUCGAAGUCGCUCCAACCACUUCUAAACCAAACUGGACUCUGCAACCUUUUUCAACAUGGACCCUGUCAGCCUCCACACUGCACACAACUCUGUCUACACCAGCUGCAGCUCCAGGGAUUAAAGUUGUUGCGCUGCUCGUGCGUCUGGUUCUGGUCAUCGUGUUCAUCGUCUCUUCGUCAGCUGUUCUCAUAUUCUGCAGGAAGAAGAGGACGAGUAAACGUGAAGAGCCUCAUGUGGAGCUAGAUGAUGUUAACAUCACAGAGGACGACCAAGUGUAUGAGGAGGUCAGAGAGGAGGACAGACAGGGCGGAUCUCCUCCUGUGGAAACAUCUUCAGUUUAAUCAUUUCACUGUCCUCAAAUGGUUCAAGUGAACACUGUGACAGGGUUUAAGCUUUGUGACCAGACGACAGUUUUUACCCUCUAAAGUAAGCAGAGCGGGUAACAUCAUCACUGCACAGAAGAGGAAGUUAACUUUGCAGCAUCUGAGCAGAGAGGAGAUCUAGGAUAUGUGGCAAGUUUGACUUAAAGUUAAGUUCUGGUUACUGUAAUGCCUUUGUCCAAAAACAGGAACUUUUUGUGAUCCCUGAUUUUAUCAAAGAAGUCUUCAGAUGUAAAAAAAAAAAUAGAGGAAGUUUUUAUGGAUUUGUUAAAAUGUGUGUACAGUGUUGUUUUUUUUCUGCCAGACGUGACACAAUACGGAUAAUGGGUGGAUACGACUGUCUGCGUUUUGUCAAGUGCUUCCUGUUUUAUUUUGUAGAAUAAUCUCCCUGUGUGUUAAGUUUAGGUGGACUUCCUGUUUCCCCUCCUUUGUGAUUGUCUACACCUGUGCCAAGUUGGUCUCACCUGUGUUUCCUUCCCUGUUACCCAGUGUGUGGAUAUAAUCUCUGAUUUUCCUCCCUUCUGUGUCAGUUCAUCUUCCCUGUGUGUUACUCCAUGUUCCAGUGUUCCCAGUGUUCCCAGUGUUCCCAGUGUUCCCAGUGCUCUUAGUGUUCUUCUUUUUUCCACAAUUUGUUGUAAGCACUUUUUUGUUUUUUCAUGAAUUAAACCUUUUAUUUUGAGUCUGCA